CACUAACAACCGCCAAAGUUGACCUCAACCCCAACCCCAAUCCCAAAUCCGCCAUGUCCACCCCCGGCUCCUUCAACCUCUUCACCUCCCUACGCUACGACCCGCUACUCCUAACCUCCCCCGAAAACUCCAGCCCAGCACUAAACUUUAUUUCUCCAUCCCCAUUUUACAUGCUUGUGUACCACCGCGAUCGUAUGCUAGAAGCCGCACAGCAUUUUGAGUUCCAUGAAGUGGCGAAGCUGCUUGUUGACGGGGUGGCGUUGCAUGAGGGAUUGCUUGAGAAGGUGAGGCGGUGGGUUGGGGAGGGUGGAAAAGAGGAAGCGUUGAAGCCCUCUCCUCUAACCGGGGGUGCCCUAACACUCGGACACACAGACACCAUCCCAUCCCUCCCCUCCCUCCCCUCCCAAUCUCCCUCCCAAUCCCCCACGCCGUCCCCCAAACACCCGUUAGCCCCAACAUGGACGCUCCGCCUAGACACAACCCCCACGCCUAUGUCUCCCUUCACACUCCUCAAAACCACCCAUCGCACCUUCUACUCCGCCUCCCGCUCACGCGCCUUACCCCACAAUGCCGCGGACCCUGCGUUCACAGAAGUCAUGCUCUACAACGAAUGCCAAGAACUCACCGAAGGCACCACGACGUCCUUGUAUGUUUUCCGCGGAGGAAGGUGGAUUACGCCGCCAGUAGGCGUGCCUGCUGGAGAGUUCAGCUCGUCUACUUUGAAAGCUGCAGCUUCGGCUUCGGCUAGAGAUGAGCAUGGAGAUGGAGGGGUGGGUAAGAAACAGGAGGACAUGGACAGAAGUGAUGAAGGCGAGCUUCGAAAACCGUUCGCCGGACGCUGGGGCCAUAGCGUUAGGAGCGAGAAAGUGGGGAGUGGAGGACAGAGAGGGACGACGAGGCGGUGGGCGUUGGCGAAGGGGAUGUGUAUGGAGGAGCCGGUUGGGGUGGAUACGGUGACCAUUGGGGAGGGCGUGUGGGUUAGUAAUGGGGUGAGGGGAUUUGGGUUUGGGAAGGUUGUCUCGUGA